CGGUGCUCGGCGCUGCCGGUGCUCGGCGCUGCCGGCGGGAUGUACGCCGGGAGGAAGAGGAAGAAGCCGGUGCCGAAGAGCCCCAAACCACCACCCCCUGAGGGUGUGAAGUCCAACCCGUCCAAGCGGCAUCGAGACCGGCUCAACCAGGAGCUGAACAAGCUGACUGGCUUGCUGCCCUUCCCUGAAGAUGUGCGCACCAGGCUUGAUAAACUCUCCAUCCUCCGACUGGCUGUCGGAUACCUGAAGGUGAAGAGCUACUUGAUGGCCACAGCUACGGACGUUGGUGACUGUGUGCUGGAUCAGCUCGGAGCCCCAGGAGGGAACAGACGAAUGGACCUGCAGGUUGACAGAGAGCUGUUUCCUGAGGGAGAACUGCUGCUCCAGGCACUCAAUGGAUUUGUCAUUGCCGUGACUGGAGAUGGCUACAUCUUCUACAUCUCCCCUACUGUGCAGGACUACCUGGGCUUUCAUCAGUCAGAUCUCAUCUACCAGAGCGUGUACGAGCUGAUCCAUGCGGACGACAGAGCUGCCUUCCGCCGCCAGCUGCACAGGGCCCCGGCGUCUGGCAGCACCCAGCAUGCUGCCGAUGCCUUUCCCACUGACCAGCCACUGCUGGCUGGAUGCAGCGCCAGGUCCAGCCCACAGUACCUCCACCCCGAGAAGACCUCUGUGGAGAGGAGCUUCACCUGCCGCUUCCGCUGCUUGCUGGAUAACUCCUCAGGAUUUCUGGCCUUGAAUUUCCAUGGGCGCUUGAAAUUCCUUCUCGGGCAGCAGAAGUCAGCAUCAGACAGGUCCCCGCUUGCUCUCUUCGCCAUUGCAACUCUCCUUCAGCCGCUCUCCAUCCUGGAGCUUCGGACCAAGAUGCUGAUCUUCCAGACAAAGCACAAGCUGGACUUCACUCCCAUGGCCUGUGAUUCCCGGGGGAAGGUUGUCCUGGGGUACACGGAAACGGAGCUAUGCAGGAGGGGGUCGGGGUACCAGUUUGUGCACGCGGCCGACAUGAUGCACUGCGCGGAGAACCAUGUGAGAAUGAUGAAGACAGGGGAGAGCGGGCUGACUGUUUUCCGGCUGCUGACCAAGAAGGGUGGCUGGGUGUGGGUGCAGGCCAAUGCCCGGCUGGUGUACAAAGGGGGCAAGCCCGACUGCAUCAUUGCCCGGCAGCGAGCCCUGUCGAAUGAAGAAGGGGAGGAACAUCUGCGGAAGAGAAAGCUGCAGCUGCCUUUUAGCUUUGCCACAGGGGAAGCAGUCUUGUACGGGAAUGACCUUCCCGAGUUCCUGGACUCCUUCCAGACUAAGGAGGAGUUGCAGACACAAGGAAACUCCCACUCAAAGCAGUGCUCGGUAGACCCCAACUCUCUUCUUGGGGCCAUGAUGAAGCAGGAUGCAUCCAUAUACAUCUCCCAUGCUGAUAACGUGCCUCAGUUCUCCUUGCCAGAUCUCCUCGCUGAGCCCGAUGGACUGAGCCAGAAUGAGGAAGGUGGUGAUGCCAAGGAGGACAGCGACUCCCUCCUGGUCGUUAUCAAAACCCUCUUUGAGAAAAGCAAAGUGGACGGAAACAUCUGCCAGACCCUCCAGAGCUUCAACGUGGACAACGCAGAGCUGCAGCAGUGGGAGGAGGCUCUGCUCAGUUUGGGUGCAGAGGAGGAGCUGCCAGCUCAGGAGGUUGGCGAGAGGCUGGGCACCGAGUUGACAUCUUAUGUGGAGCAGAUGCUCCUCAGGGAGGAUGCUGGGAAGAGCAUGGACUUUCUGCACUGCAGUACAUCACCCUGCAAUGAGGAAAACAGUGCUGUGACUCAUUUCCAGCACUGCUGGGCAGCUAAUUCAGUGUUUCAAGCCCCACCACAGCCCCAGGCAUCUGGUGCACAAGGCCAAGAUGCUGUUGUCUCUCUAGUCUCCAUUACAUCCGAGGUCAGCUCUGCUCAACCAGAACAGCAGGUCCCGUUUAACCCAGCCGGGCUGGUGGGAGGGACAGUUCUGGAUGUCCUGGUCUCCAGCAGCAAGUCCUCUGUAGCACUUCACCUGGGAAAUCCAGGACAAGUGCUUCAAGCAGAAGUUACCACCCCUGCUCCUGUAGAUAACACUAUUCCUAAUGAUCAGAGCCAGCCUGGGUGCAAGUUGGUGGGCUCAAGCUGCCCACCUCCAUUGCACCCAAACACACUAGUGACUCGGUGGCACAAUGUCCCAGCCCAGGCAAACCCAGCCAAUGCUUUGGGUCAGAGCGCUUCUCCUGGAGGUUGCCCAUCGGAGGCUUGGAUGGCCAUAGCUCCAAAACAGCUGGAAGCUGCAGGAAUGCAUCUGGAGUCACAAACUCUCCUGGCUUGCAGCCCUGAGACCCCCCUGGGGGCUGGGCUGUGGUUGGUGCCCUCCCAACCUGCUCCUUGCCCUGCACAAGGCUCGCAUGGGUCCUUGUUCUCUGGGGCUGGGGACCUCCGUGAUGAGGAAGCUGCUCUCCCUGCACAAGCAUCAGCACCCUCAGGAGUCAGCCAGCUGCCAGGGGAUGGGGGCUUCCCUAAACAGCCCCUGAUACCCCACCUAGAGCCCAGUUUUUCCUGGGAAGGGGAGCAGGCAGUGCUCCAAGAGGACAAGUGGUUUGUGCAGUGCCAGCCGUGGCUCCUGCAGGCUGGGGCAGCUCCUCAGAGAUGCGAUGGGGCAGGUCCGGUGCAACACGGUGGACUCCUGCUGGGGUCCAGCAUGGGUCCUAGCACCCACCAGAUGGACCACGUUGUGCUGCCCGAGUGCCAGUAUGGAAAUAGCCUUCUUAAACACGACAGCAACCUUUUUAGGGAUGCUUCUAAAAUAUCCCUUCCCCAGCAGCUGGGUGCUUUGCCUUGCCCUAGCGAGAGCCACCCUGGAGCAUCAUGUUCCUCACUGGGCUCGGUUUUGAGGUGCUCAGCAGCUCUCCCUGCGAAGGUGGGUGCAGGAACACCGCCAUCCUCCGAGCGGGGCCCUGGCUUCCCAUCAGUGUCCUUUGCGGGUGGGCAGCCGCUCUGUGCCUGCGAGGUCCAGCUCAAGGUGAGGUGCGAGGGCUGCAGGACCUGAAGGGUGCACCGGCUCGUGUGGAUGGAGCGAGGGGUGGUGCCAGGGGGAUGCAGGCGCAGCAUUGUAUGUGGGAAGCCUGUUUUGAAGCCUCAGUGUGAACUAGGAGCCACAUCUUGAAAAGCCACCAGUAAUUACAAGCUCUUCUGGCCAUGCACACCUACGAGCAGUGCCCCAUGCUUCCUGGUCGCUCAGGAUUUUGUCUUCCAGUGCCUGAAACGAGGUGCCCUAGCAGAGCUUUCAGGCAGUCUAGGAUAAAGUGUUUUGUGGUUUGUUUUGGGGGUUUUUUGUUUGUUUGUUUGUUUUUUUUUUACAUGAGAAGUCUUUCAGGGAGAUGCAGCCAUGCCAGUGGGAAGGUUUGUCAGAGUCUUGGGGUCCAAGGAAGGACACCCUGCUUGCUGGCCCAUGUGCUCAUGGCAGCCUCUUGCAGAUGGACCUGCUGCCUUACAGGCAUGUAGCACUGAAUUGCUGUUUCUCGAUGCAGCGUGGUUGCCUCAUCACCUGUGUGCGUGGACCACCCUUGUCAUGUUGCUGUUCAGUCCCCUGCAUCAUCUCAGCCUGCCUGAGCCCCUCUGCUCUGCUCCUUGCUCCCUCCCUCCUGUGCCCACAAUCUCCUCUCCUCCUUCCGAGCCCCUGGUGACCCAGUUACUUUAGAAAAGGGGGUGUUACCAAGCCCUUUGAGAACCUCAGCAGCAUUUGAAGGGUCUCUGAGGGAGGUGGGGUUGGCGAAAGCAGAGGCACCUUGGGGUUUUGGGCUCCUCAGCAGCCUUCCUGGGGAGUUUGGGAGAAGCCAGUACCAGGCUGUGCCCUUCCCUUACAGCAGGGUGGGGAAGGUCCAGCCAAGCUCCCCUUGGGUUUGUCACUGGCUUUUCUUUGCUUUCCUCUCCUGUUCAGCAGUGCCAUCAGACAGAGGAACAAUGAAUGGGCUUUACUCCUGCAGUUGCUCAGGAUGUUGUGGGUUUGCCAAAGCAGUGAGAAAGGCAGGAAGGGAUGCAGUGACUGCUGUCUGCCUCUCUCCACUUUGGACCAACUUUGUGCCCUUCACACUGUUUUCCUGGAGACCAGCACAACCACUUUGUUGAAUUCCCUUUCUUUUGUAUUUUUUAACCUAAGAUGUGAAUUAAGUUUUUUUCCCACCAUGGGGCAAGUUCUCCCAGACCCCUAAGGGAAAACUCACAGAAAAAGCAAUGAUGGCUGGGGGGAGAGUUUGGUUCAAGACCAGAUGUGGCAAGCCAGCUUGGUCAGAGAGGUCAAAGUGCUUCGAGACUUCCGUAUCUUCCCCCCUUGCACCCAUCACCCUGAGUCUCUCUCACACCAGUACUAACCAUGUACUCUUUGCCAAACGAGUAAAAUCAGGUAAUUAGCGCAGGGCUAGCCCAGCAGCAAGCCUGUGUGUGUCCUGGUGUGGAGUGGCCUCAUCUCUCUAGGUCUCUUCCUUUGUGCCCUGUUUUGCCUCAGUGUGCCGGGGCUCCUGGGGCUGCUAGCCAGGCAAGAUGGGGCUCAGGAAGGGUUGAGCUCCUGGCUGCAGGCUGGGAGCAGAGCGAUGCUGGAAACAUGCUGGACCCCUCCAAAGCAGCCUGGAGGAGCACCUAGGAUGGGGCAAGGAGCUGACUGGUCAUGAUAUGGAGCCUUACAAAUCAGCAGACCUGAAAAGCAGCAGGAUGGACUCUGCUCACCAACCCUUUUUGUCCUGGCACCUGUAAGAUGACGUGAAGAAGCGCACGGCCCCAGCCGGCGGGUGCUGAGGGGUCCCGGUCCUGCAAGAGGUGCCCUUGGGAAGGGGACACCUUGCCAGGCUGGGGUGGGGCCAAGACAGACCCCUGGUGCUCUGUUACUUGUGUCUUACCUCUUUAUACGUUGUGUAUGUGCAUAUAACAUCUAUUUUCAUGGCAGUAUCUCAUUUUAUGCUUUGUGAUUUCUUUGUAUUGCUGUUGGCAGGCAGACGAUGCUGAGGAGAAAAAGAUGUCCCGAAACUCACCCCCUGUAUUUGGUUACGUAUUAAAAGGCGAUUUGCUUUGUA